CCGUCAAGAGUGACAAGGCAUGUCAGCGUUUCGGGAAAUGUCAGUUGAUGGUCCAUUUUUGGUGCGGUUCGAUACGGUUUCGAAGAAAAAAACAGUGAAAACCGCCUAAUUCCUCUAGUGCAAUUGCUGCAUUUAUAGAUAAAGAUAUCGACUAUCUAUUGAGAUAUUGAAAAAAAUAAUCCGAGUUUUCAGUGCUGCGCCAACAGCCAACCAGGGGCCCGAUUGAUUGUUGCAGCUAUUUCUAGAAAGCUGACUCUUCUGUGUGAUUUUCCCAGUUGAGCCCCGUGUGUUUUUGUGUGGUUUUUCGCCCGUUGGCUUUUGCCACGUUUCCCCAGUACAGCCGAACCCCCCUCGGACUCGAACGAGUGUUGUAAUAGAAUAAUUCCCCCCUCAAUGUUAUCGGCAACACAUAAGUGAUCUCAUACUUUAAAUAAAUAAGCUGCAAUUUGCAAUUUUUCUGGAGCCAGCGCCAAGAUAACAUGCUAGAAAGAUGAUGAAAAAGCAGUUCUUUAGAGUCAAGCAGCUCGCGGACCAAACUUUCUUAAAGGCUGAAAAGAGUGAGGUACUGAACCAGGAAGAGCUUCAGAUAGCGGACAGUCGAGUGGAUGUGUUGCGUUCAGCUUUGGUGUCCAUCAACAAAAAGCUUUGCCCAAACGGUCCAAUCGCGGAUAAGGAAAAACGACUGAGAAAAUGCCUGGAAUACCAGCUAGGAACGACGUUCGUCGAGGAGUCGAGAGACGAAAAGGAGUGCAUACUAUUGCAGCACAUUCUGAAAAUAUCGGGUGGCACAGAGCAAGACCUGGCCAAGGAGUAUGCGGAACAUGAGGCAAAAGUGGAAGAGAUGGUUUUCUCGCCACUGCAGAAGGUGAUCGAGAACGAGCUGCCCAGCAUAUUGAAGCAGAAGCACAACCUGAAGAAGUACUGCUUGGACAAGGACUCGGCCAGCAGCAGAUACCAUUCAACCAAAAAGGAAACCCUGCGGGAUGACAUGGAGGAAGCAGACAACAAAGUGGAACAAAACAGGGACACCUUAGCCUUUGAAAUGUUCAGCCUGCUAGCCAGGGAAAACGAGUUUUCCUCGUACAUCCUGCAACUGCUGAAACUCCAGCGGGGCUACCAUGAAAGCGCCUUAAAGAAUCUGGAAAACAUAAUUCCGCAGCUGGAAAAGACCAUCGGCAACAGCCAGGUGAAGAAAGUCUUCGGCGUGUCCUUGCAGGAGCAUCUGCGGGUAACGGGGAAGCGUCUGGCAUAUCCGCUGGAAAUCUGCAUCACGACCCUAACAGAGUUCGGGCUGAGCGAAGAAGGCUUGUUUCGAAUAGCUGGCUCGGCGUCCAAAGUGAAGAGACUGAAGGCCUCCAUAGACAGCGGCUGUUUUUCCGUACUGAUUCCAGAGUACAGGGAUGUCCAUGUGCUUGCCAGCACUUUGAAGUCCUACCUGCGAGAUCUACCGGAACCGUUACUGACCUAUCAUUUGCAUAAAGAGUGGAUGAAGUCCAUGCAAUAUCCCGAAAAUCAAAGGAUUGAGGUUGUUAGGCAUUUACUGAGCAAAUUGCCGCAGGAAAACCGGGAAAAUUUGGCGUAUUUAAUUCAGUUCCUAGCGCGGCUCACCCACCACACCGAGAACAAAAUGUCAUCGUCGAACAUUGCGAUUGUAAUCGCCCCCAAUUUAUUGUGGAACAAGGACGAAGAAAUGAACGUGAAUAUGGGCAACUGUGUGACCAUCAACAUGUUAGUGGAACUGUUAGUAAAGGAAAUGGAUACUUUUUUCCCUGACGAUGUCAGCGGGUUGGUCACCAUCGGUUCACUACUACCCGAGGAGGAACUGACUUCCAGAAACGGCAACAGCGGCAAACUCAAUAUAGAGCAUGUGGACGCAACGAGUUCGGAAAGUUUGCUGGAGAGCCCAAAGCCCAGCUCGCGCAAAAAGAAACCGGCUGCUCCAGUUCCGCCCACCUCCAGCUACAGCAGCAGGAGCAGCUUGGAUAUCGAUCAGCUUCCGGAUAAGCCAGCGACGUUUUCCGGUGCUUCCACGUUAAACCGCCUGCCCAAGGGCAAAGAGCCCAAAACCAAGAGCACAGUGGGCAUAAAUACCGAGGAAAACGAGCUUAGCCUAUCGAGGAAACGGAGCUUUUCUAAGGACGACAUCAAGCUGGUAUUUACAG